GGCAGCGGCUGGAAAGCAAGCAACCGGAGCCUGCCUUUCGGAGGAGGAGGAGGAGGCGGCGGUGGCGGAAUUCUCCUUCCCCUCCGCCUCGACCGAUCCAUGGCCAUGGGCGACAAGAAGAGCCCGACCAGGCCAAAAAGGCAAGCAAAACCUGCAGCCGAUGAAGGGUUUUGGGAUUGUAGUGUCUGCACCUUUAGGAAUAGUGCUGAAGCCUUUAAAUGCAGCAUAUGCGAUGUCAGGAAAGGCACCUCUACAAGGAAACCUAGGAUAAAUUCUCAGCUUGUUGCACAACAAGUUGCUCAGCAAUAUGCUACCCCACCACCUCCUAAAAAGGAGAAGAAAGAAAAGGUGGAAAAGCAGGAAGAGAAAAAACCAGACAAAGAAAAAGAAAUUAGUCAAAGUGUUAUAAAGAAGAGUACCACCAAGAAGACUAAACCAAAGUCAGAUAUUGUGAAAGAUCCUCCAAGUGAAGCAAACAGCAUACAGUCUGGGAAUACGACAACAAAGACCAGUGACUCAAAUCACACUUCAAGGCCCAGACUGAAAAAUGUGGACAGAAGUACCGCCCAGCAGCUGGCAGUCACAGUGGGGAAUGUCACAGUAAUUAUCACAGACUUUAAAGAAAAGACUCGCUCUUCCUCUACAUCUUCAUCCACAGUGACCUCCAGUGCAGGAUCAGAACAGCAGAAUCAGAGCAGCUCGGGUUCUGAGAGCACAGACAAGGGCUCAUCCCGAUCAUCAACGCCAAAGGGCGACAUGUCUGCAGUCAACGAUGAAUCUUUCUGAGAAUUGCACAUGGAAUUAUAGGAAACUUAUGAAAUCAGGGUAUGAAAUCCAACUAUUCCAGCUGUCCACGAGGGCUGAAGUCCUGGGAAAGCUACUGGUGCCACUUCCUCCUUCUCUUCCUCCUCCUGUGUUUCAACCUGCUUUUUGGGCCUCAACUCCCUAACCAAUGACACCAGGACUAUACAGGCUGGCCGUGGACAUCAGGCCACCAAGGAAUUUCACACCCUGACUAUUACUUUUUGACACUUGUGUAUUCCAUUGUUUAUAUGAUUUUACCUAACAAUCAUUUAUAAUGGGAUGUGCUCCUGACUCUACUUUUUUAUAAAUCUGCUGUGCACAAUUUUUUUUCCAUGAACAUUAAAACAGAUUUUGUUUCAUUUCUGGUGAGGAAAUACGAUGCAGGUGGGAGGGGGGGGCUAUAGAUAGGUUUUUAUUUAUUAUAUUCACAAACUUCAUCCUCUCAUUUUUGUUUUUUCAGUAUAUUGUUUUAAAUUCAGUUUUCCCUAUUCUUCCAGUUAUACUGUGUACUAUCAGUUUUGAUAUAAAUUAUAUAUAAAUAUAUAAAUAUAUAUAUAUAAAUAAAAUUAUAUAUAGGGUUAUUUGAAACCAAUACAUGGAAACGCUGGUGCUUGAAACACUGUGAAGCUAAACAAUUUUAAGAUCUGGGACAGUGAGUGCCGUUUGGAAAAUGAACCGGAACUGGUCUUAGAUGAACAGAGUAUUCCUGGAAGUUCAGACUGAAAACAGGACCUUGCUUUCUUAUUAUGCUUUGGCUGAAGAGUACUGGACAAAGAUAGAUGUCUAUUUUCUUACUUUUUGUUCUUUUUUUGAAAUUGAAAAGGUGCUCCAGGUCACUUGCAUUCCCAGUAGAGUAUCUGAAAACAAUAAAGUCCCCAGUCCUUUCAAACAGCAGUGUUCCAAUUUUUUAAAAAAACAGUUACACUGGUUUCAAAAUUCUUAAUAGUCAUAGACAUGAUGGCUGCACAUUAACAUUUCCCGUUUUUGCUAUUAAAAAUCCUAACUUGUAUCUCACAGUUUUUAUUCUAGCCAAUGUCCAUAUUUGUAUUGUUUUGGAGGGAGUAACAUCUGUGGGGAAAGGGUUUGUCAUCUUGUAUGAUUAAAGGUAGCCCAAAGCCUUAAUACCGAGGAUUUCUCCCCAACUCCCCAUAUUCUGAUCAGGCUACUAUGUGAUCUGAUGUCUCAUGGCUUGUUCUCAUUUCAAAAUUUUCCAUGACUGACUGCUGUUUUGUUUUCUUUUUUAACUAAAUUCAUUGUGCAUCCUGAGGGUGAUCCUUUCUGAAAUGAGCCUGUCAUCCAUGAUGAUGUGUUCGGGAUUGUCAGUUUGGGACAUGUCUAUAGAAAAUAAUAUUCUGUGGGAGCUAAGGUUGUGAAUGAGGUUUCAUAAUGGCAAGGGAGCAAUUAUGAAGGGCCAAUAAUUGUUAUCCUUGAUUUUUAGAAAAGCUCCCUCCCACUUUUAAGUUGUGUUACAGUUUUACCUAACUUGUGUGUUAACCUGCUUAGAACACUAGAAUGGAGAUACGGGACAUUGUUUUAACAACAGCAGCAGCAACCCUUUAAACUCAAUAUGUGUGCUUUUUUAGGCGACCCAGAGUGCUUCGCUGUAAUUUCAGUGACUUUUUUAUGAUCUUAAAAUGGAUACCAUGUGCUUGUUUGUUCUUAGAGGGCCACUUGCCAGAACUUGGUGCUAGAUUAUAACUGUAAUCAUUACUUGUUUGAAAAAAAUAUUAUUUCUAUUGUAUGGAGGCAAUGAAAUUGAUGCAUUUUAUCAGUUUAAAGUAGCAACACAAGCUCCUUUCGUAUCAGUUUUAAAAUUUAACCUAUGCUUAACUGAAUAAAGCAACUCUGCUCAAAGAUGUGGAGUAGCAGAGCAGUGCCUUUGCAGCUGCAGUUCAAUUCUGAACAUGGUGGGCUCCUUAUUAAAUUGUUCUUAUAUCUAAUUAUUCUUUCUUGAAAUCUUAUUCUUAAAGUAUUUAUUAAAAAAAGAAAAAAAGAACCAAAGGAAAACCAGAUGAUUCUCGUAAGCUCUGAAAUACAUUAUCUGUAGUUUUUAAUAGUCAGCAUCAAUCUACAUUUUUAACAUUGGUAUGGUAUUGUAAAGACAUUCCUUUUCCAAGUUUUACUGUUGCUUUAAAGGAUCUCAGGGAGGGUAAAUUGGUCAGCCAUAAUUUAUUUUUGGAGAAAAAAAAUAAUUUUUAAAGAGAUGUUUUGAAUCCCAGAUAUGUGUAAUUUGCACAGCCUUUUUUAAAAAUGAAUGAACCAGAAUGAAUUAGGCCUAUAUACAUUUGGCCCAUGCCCAGUAAAAGACCUUAGCUCUGGGCAUGUGUCGAGGGAGUGCACCUGUGUAUACAAGGGGUGUAUUUCCUUCAGUGGCUUACUAGGAUAAAGUCUUGGUAAAGGGAAAAAGCAGUGUGAGUGUUGAGAAAAUUACUUAAUAUAAUGAUCACUACCCACCAAGCACUGCUGCUUCAUGCAUUUCCGUAUGGCUUUUUGUGGGCCGCCAUUCAAAUGGUGUGCAGCGGCAGAUAGUUGGCGGGUUGUUCCUGGUGAAAUAUGCCCCUUAGGUUAGACGAUAAAAGCUUUAACGGUAAUGAGCGGCUCAUUGGCUUACCAAUUCAGUGAAAUCCUCUUUGGGUUUUCUUUUCCUUUUCUUUCUUUUCUUUGUAAAGUGUGCCUCUGUGACAUAUUAGCUCGUAAGAAUAAAGUAUGCAAAUCUAUCUUUGGCACAAGUGGAGUGAAUGAAACUGCAUUUGGCUGAAAUUGUCAGCUAAGCAUUCAAACUUUCUUGGGCCGCAUUUUUAGCUUGUUGCAUUGUGACCAGACAACACCCUUAAUGGAAGUCCCCUCACUUUUCUGCAUUUCAGUUAGCCAUAAUGUAGUCAGAGAGCAUGUUUUUAAAUUGUGUAGAGGAAGGGCCAAAAAAUACUUGGUAGCCAGUGGCACAGAAAGCAGGUAAGGAAAAAGCACAGUGUUACAUUUGCAAGUUUCAAUUUUUACACUUCACACAUGCACAGACACAUCCGUGUGCACACCCAUAUACACAGCAGCUUGCUUGACUUGUUCAUUUCGAAAGAGUCAUGCAAAGGGAACAAUUUAAAAGUUAUAAUAUGUUUAAGAUGGGCAGUUUUAAUUGAAAUAAUUUUGCUUGUUAAAAGUCAGUUUUCUAUUUUAAAAGCAGGCAGUAUCUUUAUUCAGUGAGAGACACUUCCAUCUGCCUUAUUCCCAUUUUCAGUCUACUUUUUUUAACAGCCGUUAACGUAAAUUAUUGAAAAUUAUUACUUGCUGACUAUAAUAACCUUUGCUUGUAUGUAACUGAAAAAAUGGUUUGAGAGCCAACAUUUAGGAUAUGACAAUGGAGCUGAACAGUUUUUAAUGCGCAAGCAGUUCUGUUCUUGUGUAUGACUUGUAACCUUAAUUUACUGUGUAAAGAUGGUUACAUUAUUUCUUUAGCUUUGUUUGUUUGGAGACAAAUAGAGAAUGCUUGUUUAAGUAUGUCAAGACAUAAUUUUAUCUUGUGGAUUUUUAUGUUAAUGUAUUAUACGAGCUAUAUUUUUCAUUUGCCCAGAAAGACAGCUUGUAUAACGCUUUUGGAAGUUUUCUGCUCUGUAAAGUCUUUAGAGCUGACAGUCCUGUUAGGUUUGUUUUUAAUCUUCAUGCUAAAAGUGUCAAUGGUGGUUUUGUGAACUGGUCAGAAAAAUUCACAGGUUUUAAAUGUUUUCGGGAAAUUUAUAUUGGACACUGCUCUUUGUCUAGCAAAUAAAAGAUGUUAAUAUAUUCCUGUUACCGGCAUGUGCACGACUGUUAUUAGAAGCCACUUUAUCAUUUCCCUGCUUUAAAUAGAAAUGUCUAUUUAUGAAUUCUGCUUGUAGUUUUUUUCACAAAUAAAAUAGUAACAUUUAAUUAAA